UGAACCAGCGUCGUGAGCGGACGUGUGUAGUGGUGCGCUGGUAGUGGGGAGCGUUGUCGAUCGAAGAAAUAGAGCUAAUUGAAGAAUCGAAGAAGACUUGUGUUGCGGAGGGAAAUUCGUCGGGAAACGUGCAGUACUCGGAUUUUGAGUAAAAGAACACAACCUAUAGAUUCCGAGAUAUCUAUAUUACUGUGGAAUUUAGCGCAGUAAAGAUCCGCCAUAUUGACUGCCGCAUACCGAACACGUGGCAAGAAUAAAAUUUUUUCCUGGUGACUGACUUUUAUGCCUAUAUAAGACCUGGGGGGGAGCUGUCCCCCCCCCCUCGUAAUAGUAAAAAAACUAAUCCUUUCUCCUUUUCACAUCCUAACCAUAAGCUUAUUCAAAAUGACGAAGAUUGCCUCAAUCGGAUAGCUGCCUUUCUCCCUCCCUAAAUGAUUAUUGAUACUAAUAAUGAUUAUGUUUUGCAGCCCUCCCCAUCUCAGCCGUUGUCGUCUCGUCCGUCAUCGUCGUUGUCGUCCCGGGGAUUCCCUGCCUGUAAUAGUGGAAUCCGAUCCACCUCGUAGUGCAACUCGUGGCAAUUUCAAAGCAAGUAAGAAGCGUAAAUCGUGAUGAUGUGGCGGAGAAGAUGCCUGACAUCGGUCUGGGGGCGCCACAUUGGGAUUGAGCUUGAGUAGAGGCGUGCAAAUCUGCUCUCACUCCCGCUCGUUCCCGACAGCGAGACUGGAUUCUCGAGAGUCAGAUUAUCGGGAGCGCUGUUAUCGAGAAUAGAGGCUCGGGAACGAACGAGUCCCGAGUCCCGAUGCUCUAUUAGAUGGAGUGGGGGUCGAAAUCUACCCCCACUGUCCUGGAAACGAAAUCCGUGGGUAGAUUAGACAGGGAUCUCAAUUACCUAAUCCUUGUUCUUAGAAAUAAACUCAGAUCGGCCAGACUUCAGGGCAUCGAUAUAAUCCUGUGUUGAAUUCCCGCGCAUGCGGGAAUUUUAGGAAAUGAGACUGCGGAUUUCCUUGCCGAGGAGGCAACGGAGGAAGGCGUAUGCUCGGAAUACCUUAUCCCGUAUUCAGACCUGUUUGCAGCGCCUCCACAGGAGUAAUUUGGUCGGAUCUCCUGCAUGUGAUUGUGGUUCCCCGGUGCAAGACAUAGAUUAUAUUGUGGAGUUGUCCGUUAUACGCCUCUCACCGUCCAAAGCUAAUAACAUCUUUGAGGAGGAACCUGGAGGAGACUAACAUCCCGUGUUGUGUAUUUUCCGUCUCCUUAUAUAAUUAUCCGAUUAUGACUUUCCUUCGUGCCUGUCAUAUAGACAUAUAAAAUAAUUUUAUUUGUUAUGUGAUAUUGUUAUUUACAUCGUGACAAUGAACAGUGCCAAGAUUUAUGCAAGGACAUUUUAAAAAAAUCAAGAAGAACAGGAUUUUGAGUCUGCUCCCUGGCAGUGUGGACUAAUCGAUCCAGUGCCAAAAAAUUAAAGAAGAAGAAGAAGAAGUGUAUUAACACUGUUAACACAAGUAUUCAAGGUUGGGCGUUGUAUCUUAUGGUGGUGAUCGUUUACCUGGGGCAAUAUUAUUGCUGCGAGUUCGAUUUGAGGCCAUUGGUGAUAAUUUAGCUUCGCUUGUUCCUCCUUUGUUCCACGAUUGCUGUGUACUUGAACAAUAUACGGUUCUCGUCUCGGUAUCUUCUGGGGCCUUUAUUUGCAAACCUGAUAUCGAUCGCCAAGCAUUCCGCUCCCGGCUUGUCAUUUUUUGACGGCGUAGUAACUAUUUCAUAAUCCCACCGCCAUCUUACAUUAUCGUUUAAUUUGAUCUUUCUGAGAAGAUAUUAUAAGAGCAUCAGAGGAUAGUAAUAAGAGCGUUUCAAUUUGAUCUGAAAGAAAAAUAAUAAGAAAAAUAUAAAGAUUUUUCAACCGCUGGUCAAAAAUUACGCCAACACAAAGUCGCGUUACUAUCAUGUUGAAAUCGCAAACAUUCUGUUUCCCGAAAGAUGUAAAGGAGAGAAAUUCAACAACUAAUAAAGAAGAUGAAAUGCAGGAAUAUCAGAAGAGAAUCUUGCAAUACGUUCCAGCAGAGAAAAUAAUUCCAAUGGAUCUUAAAAAUUCGCUGCUUUUCCAUUUUUUAAAGCCAGAAUUUAUCUCACAAAUUCAUAUGGUUCUAGUAUAUGAUGACAAUGAGGCUAUAAUUGUGACAAAGGACAAGAAUGUCUAUAGCUUAAGUUAUUCAGAUCCUGAUGACUUACAUACUGCAAUCUACCCCAAAAAAAUAAAAGAAUUAUGUGGGAAAAACAUAAAAACCUUAGCUCACAGCAAUUUUUUCAUCCUGGCGCUUACAGAAGAGGGAGAGGUUUAUUACUGGGAAUUUGAAAGCUGGAACUUAUGGGAUACUUAUGAUAGUUCUGGUACUUACGUACCUGACGAGCAUAUAAAAAUAUCCACGCCUACUCUAGUCCCUAAUUUAAGCGAGAAACGUAUUGUGGACAUCGCAUGUGGCAGAGGUCAUUCUCUCGCUCUGACUAGCGAUGGAAAGGUAUAUGCUUGGGGAGAAAAUAAUUAUGGGCAAAUUAAUGAUGAAAGCGGAUUUAGUUUUAUUAGUACGCCAUUUCAGGUGAAACAUGAAUUGGAGAAUAAGAAUGUUGUCUAUAUCGCGUGUGAUUUAUUAUGCAACAUAGUUAUAACUGAUAAAAACGAAAUAUAUAGUUGGGGCGAAAAUGAUAGAAACAAGAUGCGAAACAAUGCGUCACAUUGUUGCCCACUGCGAAUUAUCAUCUGCAGUACAAUCUGGGAUAAAAUAGUUAAGGUGACCUGUGGAUAUGAUCAUACAUUGGUACUUACUAAUAAAGGAGAUAUCUAUGCCUGGGGCAGUAACCAUUUCGGACAAAUCGGCCAAUAUGAUUAUUAUUUUAUUAAAUUUCCUGAAAUUUCGAAGGUGAAUGUGCCCGAGAUGGGAAAAGUUUUAGAUAUCGCUGCCUUGCGUUUUUCGAGCGUUGCUGUCGGGUAUGAUGGAACUAUCUAUGUAUGGGGUGAAUUAGUUUAUAAGUAUAAUGAUAGUAAUUAUAAUGAUAGUUAUUUAGUUUAUAAUUAUAAUGGUAGUAAGCGUCAUUCUAAAACCCCACUUCCCACAAAGUUUUCGAGGAUUCAUGACUUCUUGCAUGCGUACAAUGGCUGGAAAAUGAUAUACAAGCCAUUGACUCUGUUUACGAAUGAUUACAAGUAUGUUGAAGAAGUAUUGAAUAUAUUGGAAUCGAUAGGAGCAGCAUUUGAUGAUCCGUUAACAAGCGAUUUUAUCAUACAAGUUGAAGGACAAUCUAUUUAUGUUCAUAAGUUUAUACUUAGGAUUCGUUGCGAAUAUUUCAAAAAGAUGUUUCAACAUGAUUGGUCUGAAAAUAUUCGAAGUAAAUCUGCUUCAUUAUUAAUGUUCACUGUACGGGAUAAAUUUUCUUACAUCGUUUAUAAAGCCUUCUUAAAAUAUUUAUAUACCGGCACAAUCGAUUUACCUUCGGAGAAUGCAUUAGAACUUAUGGAGUUGGCCGACAUGUAUUGUGAACCCAAUCUUAAAAAAUAUUGUAUCCAAGUGAUAAAACAAGACAUCACUUUAUCAAAUGUAGCAUUCUUCUAUGAUGAAGCGGUUGUAUACAAUGCUAAGGAACUCGAGGAGUUUUGCUUCCAGUUUAUUCUACGUCAUAUGACAGCUAACACAUUAUUGGAAGAUAUUAAGUUAGACAUGAAUAUGCAGGCUAAGUUUAUGCAAAUAGCAGCGACACAAAGUCGCGAUACUAUCGUGUCGAUAUCGUCGAAAAAAUCCUGUUCUCCGGAAGCUGUAGAGAAGAGAAAUUCAGAAACAACAACUAAUAUAAAAAAUAAAAUGCAAAAAUAUGAGAAAAGAAUCUUGCAAAGCAUUCUAGCAGAGAGGAUUUUAAUGGAUCUUAAAAAUUGGCCAUUCUUCUGGCUGUUAAAGCUAGAAUUUAUCCUACAAAUUCACAUGAUUAUGAUAUUUCAGCAGAAUGGCAAGGCUAUAAUUGUGACAAAGGAUAAGAAUGUCUACAGUUUUGAUUAUUCUUCAGAGUUUGAUGACACACAUACUACCUAUCUUAAAAAAAUUAACGAAUUGUGUGGAAAAAACAUAAAAACCUUUGCUCAUAACCAUUUUUUAAUUCUGGCUCUUACAGAAGAGGGAGAGGUUUAUUCCUGCAACUUCAUAGAAAACAAAAGGGAUGUAAGUAUACCUGAAGAAUCCACGUUUACUCAAGUUGCCAGCUUAAGAGAAAAAUAUAUCCUGGACAUCGCAUGCGGAUAUCGUCAUUCUCUCGCUCUGACUAGUGAUGGAAAAGUAUAUGCUUGGGGAGAAAAUAAUUGGCAAAAUAAAGGGCAAAUUAAUGAUGAAAAAAUAGUUACUUUUAUUAGUACGCCAUGUCAGGUGAAACAUGAAUUGGAGAAUAAGAAUGUUGUCUAUAUCGCGUGUGGUCCAUCAUUCAACAUAGUUAUAACUGAUAAAAACGAAAUAUAUGGUUGGGGCAAUAACGAUAGCUGCCAGAUUUCAACCGUUCAAUCGGAUAAAUAUUACAGAUGUCCACGCAAAAUUAUCACAAUCUCAAAUAAAAUAGUUAAGCUGGCCUGCGGAUCUGAUCAUACGUUGGCACUCACAAAUGAAGGAGAGAUCUAUGCCUGGGGCGAUAACUUUUACGGACAAAUCGGCGUUAAAAAAUUGAGACAUUCUGGUCCGAUUAUGGUGAACGUGCCCGAGAUGGGAAAGGUUUUGGAUAUCGCUGCUUUUCGUAAUUUGAGUGUUGCCGUCGGUCAUAAUAGGAUUGUCUAUAUAUGGGGAAAAUUCGCUCCUGAUGUCAAUCGAAUUAACAGCCCGUUUCCCACGAAGUUUUCGACAAUUCACGACAUGUUUGCGUACAGUAACUUGGACACAGUCAUGUAUAAGCCAUUGACUGUGUUUACGAAUAUUGAAGAAAUAUUGAAUAUAUUGGAAUCUGUAGAAGCAGCAUUUGAUGAUCCGUUGUCGAAUGAUUUUACUAUACAAGUCGGACCACCUAUUUACGUUCACAAGGCUAUUCUUAAGAUUCGUUGCGAUUAUUUCAAAAAGAUGUUUCAACAUGAUCGGGCUGAAAAUAUUCAAAGUAUAUCGGAUUUAUCAUCAGUGUUCACCGUAUCAGAUAAAUUUUCUUACAUCGUUUAUAAAGCCUUCUUAAAAUAUUUAUAUACCGGCACAAUCGAUUUACCUUCGGAGAACGCAUUUGAUCUUUUGGAAUUGGCCAACAACUAUUGUGAAGCCAAUCUUAUAAAAGAUUGCAGUCAAAUAAUAAAAAAGACCAUCACUGUGUCAAAUGUAAUUUUCUCGUACAAUAAAGCGAUCGAAUACAAUGCUAAGGAACUUGAAGAGUUUUGUUUCCAAUUUGCUUUACUUCACAUGACAGAUGUAGUAUUAUCGGAAGAUUAUAUUAAGUUAGAUAUAAAUAUAAAGGAUAAUUUUAUACGUAAAGCAGCUAAAGAAAAUGCUUUCAGAACGUAAUGUAGAUGUUUUAAAGAGUGUAAUUCUUUUGACAAAAGUUUUGAGCCAAAUCA